AUGUGGGUCCAUAAUGACAGACCAGGUCCUCCUGAGAUCCAGCAGGGCCCCGAGGUGCCCCCCCUCCCACCCGGAGGCCUCGGCAGUGAGGAUGAUGAAGAUACCUACGAGGAAGCAGAACCUUACCUGCCGAGCACGACCACAACUAAUGCAGAUAAGACGGACUCGGACAGCAGCCACUACGAGUCGUACGGAGAGGAAGAGGAUGAUGAAGAUCUGGUGAAGGACCGAGCUCACUACCUCCAGUGGAGCGCCUCUCAGCCCUGCCUGAGGCCCACGCCAGAGUCCCGCCUCUGUGGAUACCUGUGGAAGAGGAAGUGGCUCGGACAGUGGACCAAACAGCUGUUCAUCAUCAGGAACGACGUGCUGCUGUGUUAUAAAUGUGCUCGGGACCUGCUGCCCCAGCUGGAGUUGAGUCUGCGUGGCUGUCAGCUUGUCUACAAGACGAAGACCAACAGGAAGAUCCAACACCAGCUGAAACUGGUCCUGCUGGGCUCAGAGACGCUGGUGCUCGGAUACAACAGCUUCCAGCAGGCCGACGAGUGGAGGAAGGUGAUAGAGGAGGUGAGUGUUGGAGGUGAGGUGGAGAGUCGGAGGUCGUCAUGUCACAUUAGAUCAAGCCAGCUGCUGUCCUGCAGGUCCAGUACAGUCCUGGUUGAGUCUGACGAGGAGAGACCUCUAACUCACUCCAGCCUCAAAAAGAACAAAGGCUUCCUGAACGUGCUGAUGAACUGUCAGUGGCAGAGUUUACUGUGUCAGGUGGAGGCGGGACUCCUCAACAUGUUCGCAGAGGAGGAUGAGGACGAGGAGGAGGAUGAGGAGGAGGGAGGGGAGGUGAGGAGGGAACGGUCACCUCAGUACACCGUCCAGCUCCGAGGGUGUGAGGUCCGACCGGGUCCCGACACAGACCGCUCCUACAGGAUCACACUGAGCAUGCACGGAGACCAGGUGGCUGUUCUGGAGGUCAGUAGUUCAGGUGAAAAGGACCGAUGGCUGCAGCUGCUGCGGGACGGAGCUGCCCAUCAGGGUCACCAUGACAACAGCAAAGCAGAGCACCCAGGUGGAGCUCUCAGCGGUCUGCAGACGAGGAGGUUUCCCACCUCCAACACCUACAUGGACGACCCCUUCCACCUGGGAGGAACAGGCCGAGACCCGCCCAUCUACUCCAACACCUCCAUACUGGAGCACAUGCUCCACAGCUCUCAGGAUUCAGUUCGCUGCAGCUCCAUAUCGUCCAGAGACUCAGUGACCUACAGCAACACCGUCUUCACCACACACAACAGGAAGGUGGGUGAGAUGGAGCGAAGCAUUCAAAAGCUGGAGCUGACUGGGAAGAAAGGGGUGCAGCUGAGGGCGGGGUCAGAGAUAAACCUGGCGUCUGCCGGGAAGCAAAACAAACGCACCUCGUUCAGACAGUCGCUGGCCGUCUGCACUGAGCGCGCUCAGGCGGGUUUCCUAAGUCCUCUGCUGCGACGGACGGCCUCGGCUAAAACCUCUCUGAGACGAGCUCCUUCAGCGCUGUUCAUCGAGCACGGAAAGGUUUUCGAGAGGAGGAAGGAAUGGGAGACCAAAGCUGCUGCCUGACACCGACCGGCCAAUCAUCACAUGCCAGCAAACACACACACACACACACACACACACACAACCACGAAGACA